GAAAGCAAUUAAAGUUUACUCCUUUAUUUUAGUGCUACUUUGCUCUGCUUUGUGCAAAAUCGAUACAGACUCAAAAACCUUUGUAUCUUCAACCAUAUAGAAAAAAAAUGCAAUGUUCAGAAGAAACAAUUGCUAGUUUGUUCUACAAUUUCUCUAGCUCUUUUCUUCUUUUCUUACUGUUCUCCUACUUCACUUCCAUUUUACUUGCCAAAUUCUUCUACUUCCUUGGUGGAAAUCCAUUUUUCUGGAGGAAUCAAGAUGGAUAUGAAUUUGCUGAAUUUUCUGACGAUGAAGAAAUGGAGGAAGAAAAUGAGUAUUACCAUAAUGAUGCCCAUCAGUCAGUGGAGGAAAAUUAUUUUGUAGCUGACAUAAUUAGUGAAUAUCAAGAAAAUGAUCAAUUUCCUGAUUUUGAGAAAGAAACAGAGGAAACUUGUAGUACUACUGAAGAAGAGUCUAUUUAUAGCUCAGUAGAUUCAGAAUCUAUUCAUACUUAUGAUGAAGUGGAAGUCAAAGAAAAGAUUCCAAGAAGAGAUGAUGAUUCUGAUUCUUGUUGUUAUUCUGAAAUCAACCAAGUUGGCCCCACAUCAUCUCUUCUCAAGGAAUUAAACACAAAUAAUGGACUAGACUUGAUCGAUAACAACAUCAAUAAUCAUGGAAACUGUUACAGGGAAAUCAUUAAAGACAAGAAAGUGAUGGAAAAUAAUUUGUGUCGAGAGGAAAAUAUGUUUGUUAAUGCACCAUUAAUAUCAAAGUUAGAGAGCAAGAAGUUGCAAUUUCAAGAAAAGGAAGAAGAGCAUGAAAUAUUUGGAGAUUCUUGUACUGUUGGUUCUACUUCUAAGAGUUCCACUGAAUGGAGAAGCUCCAUUAAAGACUCAACAACUGAAGAUCCAUUUUCUUCUUCUUCAAGGAGAAGUUGCCCUAAAUGGGAGUCUUAUACAAUCUUCCAAAAAUAUGAUGAGGAAAUGCUGUUUUUUGAUAGAAUUAGUGCGCAAAAGCUACAUGAAACAGAAACUUUAAGAUCUAUUCAAGCAUGUCCAAGAUCAAUAUCAGAUAGGAUUGUUCACAAGUUAUCAACAAGGAACAAGAAAUCUUCAGAUUAUCGACACCAUAUUAAUCCAUUUCAAGAACUGGAGGCAGCUUAUGUAGCUCAGGUGUGCUUAGCAUGGGAAGCUCUGAGUUGGAACUACAAAUAUUUCCAACGUAUAAGAGCUUCACGUAAUAAGGAAUCAUCGGACCAAGGUUGUCCUGCUUAUGUUGCUCAGCAAUUUCAACAGUUUCAAGUUCUUUUACAAAGAUAUGUUGAGAAUGAACCCUAUGAACAUGGGAAAAGACCAGAGAUUUAUGCUAAGAUGAGAGGCUUUGCUCCUAAGUUGCUUCAAGUUCCUGAAUAUCGAGAUUCGGAGGAGGAUAAAGGGCAGGAAGAUUAUUGUUCAAGAAUAUCUUCAGAUUCAUUUCUCCAGAUAAUGAAAGAAGCAAUCAAAACAUUUAUGAAUUUCCUUAAGGCAGACAAGGAGAAUCGUUGCCAAAUAUUAAUGGCAGCUUUCUUUAAAAGAAACAGAAGAGGUUCAGCUGAUGCAACUCUCCUCCUCUUACUAAAGAAAGUCAACCAAAAGAAAAAAUCAAAGGUGAAAGAUCUACGACGAUCGGGGAAGUGCAUGAGGAAUAAAAGAAGGCUAAGAGAAGAGGAAGAGAUGGGAAUAUUAAUGUCUUUAAUAGACCUAAAACUAGUGUCAAGGGUAUUGAGAAUGAGUGAAGUGAAUGAGGAACAGUUGCAUUGGUGCGAAAACAAGAUGAGCAAAGUGAAAGUUUCUGAUAGGAAAUUACAAAGAGAUUCUUCACCACUUUUCUUUCCAGCUCACUGAUAAUUAAGUACCCCACCAGUCACUAAGUUCAUUUUACUUUGAUGACUAGAUCAUGAAUGUGCAAUGCAUGAAUAUGAA